GCUCCAGUGUUAUAGUAUUAGGUUUACCUUGGGCCCCUCUAGCUGGGUGCGUUACCAUGACGUGGCGAUGGGAAAUCUGGCUGCUGGCGACCGUGAAUGGACUCGACACAGAAACCGCUUGCAACCUGCAAGUCCGACACCAGGAGGCGUUGCUGACUGACUCGAAUGCCAAGUUGUGGUCGAUCCCAUGGCAACGCUUUCACGAAUGCCCGAAGAAACCUCGGAGGUCUGUGCAGAAUCUCCAAAUGGAAGCCUCUUCCGCGAUUCUCAAGCCUCAGUGUCACCCCGGCGAGACGCUCAUCGGGCGCUUCAUUGGGGAUGCAUACAAAUUCAGCUGCUGCUCUGCAGGUGAGCAAUGUGCAGGCUGCACAGAGAUUCAAGACGGCGUGUGCCGGCAAUGCUCCUCAGGCUAUGUCAAGCAGAGCAUUCCGAUCCUGAACAAAAGCAAGUGCUUUAUUUGCGAUGACCUGCCGCGAUGGACGGAUGCCCAGGGCCGAACAUGUGAUGACUAUGCGAGCUUGUGCAACGGCAGCUGGCCAAGUCCUGAAGUGGACCAGGCAUUCCAAGGAGUCCGCCCGAGUGAUGCGUGCUGCGCGUGUGGGGGCGGCAAUGUGUUCCCCACCCCAGUGUACAUGCCGCUGGCCGGGUCUGUGCUCCACCACUCCCAGGUUGUGAACGAGACACCGGUGCCUUUGACCGCAGAAGCCAUCGAGGUCGAGGAAGGCUGUGGCCUCGCGGCCGCCGGGCUGCGCAUCGCGUCCUCCGGCCCUGGGCUUGGUGGCGUGAGCGGCGUGGUGGGAAAGGAUGCGCAGCCCGUGCACUGCUCCGCUACUGUUGUGCAGGACCCAAUGCGUGGGCUCUACUUCACCGUGGAUUUGGACCUGGCCGUGUCCGCCUUCUCCUACGGCCGCGCAGUGGUCAGCUUCAAAUCUUGGGGCCUGCAGCCGGUGGCCGCGGAAGAAGCCCAGAAGCCGGUGGAGAAGGCCAAAGCUCUGGGGCUCCAGGAGUUCUCCCUGGACUGCAAUCCGACCUGCCCGUGGCUCGAGAUCGAUGCGGCUGGCACCUUGCAGUAUCUCCCUACCGGGGAGGGGAAUCUGGGCGCAGGGGUCCAGGACUUCCCCGGCAUGCCCGCUUGUAGCUGCGAGGUCUCAGCGCUGAAUGCGUCCAACACCUCCAAGAGCCUCACCACCAGCUUCGUGGCGCUCCAAGCCCGUCUUUGGCAGGGUGGCGCUUACGAGGCCUCGGCGGUAGAGGCCCGGGUCGGCGAGGCCAUGGUGCCCCUGCAGCUUCAGGAGCUGCUGAGCCCCGGCCUGCGGUUCUACACCCGGGCUGGCCACACCACCAACCUGCAGGUCGUGGAGAACCUCACGUCGCACCAGCGCUUUGCGGUGCCUAACGCCGUACCCCCAGCGGUUCUGGAUGUGAAUUGCACAGGUGCAAGCUUGCAGCUUUCCUGGUCCCGCAGCACUGGAGACGUAGAGCUGGGGGGCCGGUUGGCUUUCAACCUGGACCCCAAGACCGGCGCUUUGUCCGGCACCCCAUCUGCGGAUCUGCUGCAGGCGACGCAAGGCCAGGCCAGCCUGCAGGUUGCCUGUCAGGUGGCGCUGGGGGGCGAUUUCUACGACCGGGAGCUGCCGGUGGCCACCGUGGCGGUGAAGCUUUUGGACGACACCUGCUGGGUUCCAAGUCAGCCUUUGGCUGCAGUCUGGAAAAAUGCCGCCGCCUCGUCGCAGGCCGCCUGUGUCCGGCUCUGCCGGGUGCGGGCCAACUGCGCUGCAGCGUCCUGGGCGAACAGCAUUUGCUGGCUGGCGGUCAGUGAUGGCACGGAGCCAAGGGUGGUGCCAGAGGCUUUGAUCCGUGUCAACGAUUGCUCGAAGCAGAAGGCUGACUUGGAUCUGAAGGUGCCAGGUGCCCUGUUCGCGGCCGGAAAGUUUUCAGCCACCAACAAUUACAAGGACCAAGUCACUUUCUCGAGACCUGGGCCGACUCCUGAGAGGCAGCUUCUGCUGGCUCAUGCCUCCGUUGUGCAAUCGGAGCUGCCGGCGGUCUGCCAGAAUGCUUCCUGGCUGCUCGUUCACACCAACAGCUCCGACUACGAGGAUGCCAGCACGGCGGCGCCCGAGUUCUUCGGCGGAGUCCUGGCUUGCGCAAGCGGGGACAUCGUAGACCUGGCCUUCGCCUUGGGGACCGUCAAGAUGUUCUGGAAUUUCACAGAGGCUCACGCUGGCUCGCACCUACAGGAUGCCACGCUCAGCAUUGCUGUCCCCUCGUGCUCCAAGCCGGACCUGGCGCCGGGCAUGGUCGCCGGAACCCCCGAAGAGGCGGCCUUGUACUCGCUCCAGGAGUGCGAAUGCUUUGGGGAGGCCUAUGCAACUACUGCUCCAGUGGAUGCAGAUUCCAACGCAGCAGUGUCACGAAGUGGAGCUUUUAACAUUGGACCGUUGGCCGAUCAGUUGAUUUUCUCUGGCCCCUAUACCUGCGAGAGUGAAGCAAAGAUCACCAGCCUGCGCAACGCAGACAGCACUGUUUGCCAAGGGGAGUGCCACAGGAACAGCGCUUGCCAUUUCUAUAUUUCCGAGAAGGCCACCAGCCUGUGCACUUUGUUCAGUCGCUGUGAUUUCCUGCAGUUGGUGGACCUACCGGCGGCCAACGAGCUGUGGGCGAAGCCCCCGCCGGACAACUUCUGCCGUAUAGCGGACCCCGAGAGUUGCUGGGAAAGCGUGCAGCGCCGCAGUUUGCUGAGUUUUACGCCCUCCGAUCUCCCGACUUGCCUCUUCCAGACUCAGUACGAUGCCUGUGAUGCUCUGCAGAUUCUGAGCGGCGGGAGCGCUGGCAAGUGCUACAGGUGCCAGUAUUUCAAUGUUUCCUCUUCGUUUGCCCAGCAAAGCCUGAAGAAGGUGCCGUUCCCGGAGGAGUCCCCGGCGGGCGCGCAGAUCCAGGUCGGCUGCAACUACACCAGCCGCCUCUUCGCCGAGGAUGGCUUGAGCUGGGAGCCUGGGAAAUCCAGCACCUUCACGUGCGUCAGUGGGGAAUGGGUGGGCGAGGACGGCGCAUGGCAGAGCUUGGCGAAUUUGAGCUGCCGUGCCUGCCUUCAGUUGGGCACGCCCAGGCUGCAGCGCCUGUCAGCUCUGCAGAUGCCCUCGAUCUACUUUUUGGAGCACCGGCUGGCGCAGUUCGCGAAGAUUGCGGGCGAGGGCCAGGAUGGGUGGGGCGCCUGCCCACACGCCGGAUUUCUGACUGCGAGCCCACUGCUAUCAGGUGCAAUGUGCCUGGACGUUUCGGGGCCCAGCUCUGUGAAGCUGGGCUCCAGCUGCAAUGCGAGCUGGUGGUUGGAUGGCCACCUGCGGCUCCGGGUGAAGUCCGAGGAGUUGGACGACACCACGGGGCCGUGGUGUCUCUGCUCUGAGGGCUCUGAGGCUUCUCAUCUCGCAAUCUGCGAGUGCGGUGUCGUGGAAGAGCUGGGCAGGUGGACGCUUAACAACGGGCGCCUGGAGCAGUUGCGUGGCUCACGAUGCGUGCUCAACAACCAAGGCAAGCUAACCACGAAAGCAUGCCCUUUGAAGGAUGACAACAGAUUCCAGUGGCACUUCAACGGAGGAGACUGCAUUUUUGGCAUGAACCUUGUGGACUCCGCUGAAUUAACCUGGAAUGUGUCUUUACCCUCUCAAUCGGGGGUCGAGUCCCUUUUGACUGAGAUACGCUACCUACCUGUCGUAGCAUAUGCUGGAGUGCAGUAUUACUUCGUGCAAAAUUCAGCGUACUGCUUGGAGGCAAGUGGUAACCAGGUGAAAGUCAGCUACGCGUCUCCAUGCUCAACCUCAUGGCUGUACGAGAAGCAGCAUGUGUCCAUUUCUGGCACAUCUGCCUAUCUCAGGGCGAUGCCCAAUGGCACGGUGGUGCUCCAAGAAUUUGUUUUUGGAGCAUCUGGCUUUUCAUGGGAGUGGAGCCAGGGGAGUCUGAAGAAUCAGGACGGCAAGUGUCUUGCUGCUUUCAGAGACGCGACUGUAGAGACGUACGUCAACUAUAGCUCUUCUGUGACAGCUGCCGACGACGACACUGAUCUUUAUGAUGAUGGCAGGAACUUCCGGUACAGUUUCGGGUGCAACCGGGAGAACAACUUUAUUUCCCAAUUGUGGUUGCCAGAGAAGGCAUUGAUGCAACAAGGGGGCAAUGAGCAACACGCUGCAAGCACGCAGUGCGAAUAUCUGCAAGGCUACAACCAAUGGUGGAAAUCCUGCAAAGAAUAUGUUCUUUUUCAGGACUUUGACGGGGGCAAGUAUGUCCGCCACGCUUUAGUGGACAUAGAGGCUUUGGACUGCGAUGCAGGAUAUGCGCUCUCGGGUCUCUCCAUGCAGUAUGAGCAUGAUGUCACUCCGCCCUUUCAGGUGUCAUGGACAUGCUGCCCCUUGCCAUCAGAGAUGCCAGCAAUGAAUGUGCCGGUGUCGUCGAAGACUCAAUGGUAUGGUACAGUGAGCUGCCCGCCGAAUUCUGUGCUAAGCGUCUUCACGUUCAAUGAUUACUUCGAGUUCGCUGGGGAAUGCACUUCUUUCGAGACGAUCGUGUCCCCAAACAACCCCUACUUUCCCGUGGGUGCCUGGACAUUUCCCCAGGUUCAGGUUGCCAACUGCGAUUACAGGGCUGCUUCCUGGCAGAAGCUGCCAGCGCCAAAGUCCAAGAACCCUCGAGCCUGCGCCCUGUGCCAGACACUGGGCCGCUGUGAGGCCACGUUGUCCGUGCAGAAUCCUGAGCCCCCCACCUUUCAGGCGCACGCGGGCGCCUGCGAGGGCCUGGAUGCGCUGCAGGU